UUAAAAAAAAAUUACUAGUCAAUUUUAAAAAAAAUAACCGCAAUAAUUUUAUUCACCGCCAACAAAGUUUACAAUAUAUUUUGGUGAAUAUUUUCCCCAAAGAUUUCAUUAUCUAAGAAAUCACCAUUUGAACAAAGGCUACAAAAAAAAAACAUACCACAACUUUGAGCAUCGUUGGGAGCUAGAAAUGCGUCCAUACUUUUGGUGUCACUAGUCAUAGUUGACUGUUCCGUAGGUGUAAUUUUAGUUCGCCAAUAAUUCCUUAGAUUGUUGGCUCUAUCCGUCCAAAAUCAACGUGUUGACCGUGUUACUCUCAGGUUGACCUCAUUGAUCAUCUAGCUCCGGGAAUUGACCUGCAGAAUAAUCGCUAAAAGAAACUAAAAAAUAUAUUAGUGGCUCGAGACGCGUCAGACGCUGUCCUAAGGAAUUAUUUCCGGCGUACGGAAAUUUCCCCCAAGAUAUAACGAGCCCUUCGGUUAUAAAACCGGUACCAGAACUAACGAGAAGAAAAUAGUAUAUGAACCCAGUAAUAAAAUUAUGAUUAAGUAUAUUCCCUAGUAUGUGAGGAACAACUUUUGAGAAUUAAAAGCAAAAGAGUAUUAGGAUGGCAGUAUGGCACUUAGAUGAUUUGAUGUUGCAUGUACAAUCUCUCUCGGCAGAAUGAUUCGUGUAUAAGAUUAGUACGUCAUUUUGCAUUGUGCAUCCCCUUCCUCUCUUGCACCAACUCUCUCAUUUCAAUUUCUCUCACACUUAAAAGAAUUGCUCUCUAAAUGUUACGUAGUAAAACGUAACACAACAAGAAUACCAACCGUCUGGACAAUAAUAAAUUGAAGGCCCAUCGUUUUAUUUAUUUAUAAAGAAAGUAAAAACCUCAAAUGUAAUUCUCCAUGACAAAAAACUGAAGCAUUAAGUUAGGUAAAUAACACACGUUCAAAUGCAAAGCUAGUAUUUAAUAUAUGUAGUUAAUAAUUCAUUGAACGUUAUGCAAAAACUAAGUCUUAAUAAUUAAGAUUAGGAAACAUAAAGUUACUCCAAAAAUUUAUUCAUUUGAAAUACUUCAAAAAUUUCCAACAAAUGCAUCGUGACGUAUGUAAAAAAAAGGCCAGAUAAAUUCGAUUAUUGAGUCAUUGAGUGUAUUUCAAUAUUAAACUCCCCAACUCCAUCCCAUAAUUAUGUAUACUUUUUUUUACUCUUUUUUAUUUUUAUGUAUACUUUACACAAUAAUUAUUUAAAAUUUAUUUUACUAAGUGCGUCACUUUUAUUUAGUCAUGUUUGGAUUUCCAGUUAAAGAUUAUAAAUUUUGAUCCAUUAUUUUAACUGGUGUUUGGUCCUUUUCCCUUUCAACAUUUACCCAUCGCUCAUUCUCUUUCUCCAUUGAUAUGCUUCUCACAUUCAAUUUACUUAUCAUGGUAAGAACAGGCAAUGCGGAGGAUAAAUCAACACAAGCCAUCAUGUUACAAGACAAAUCUGACGACUCAAACCUAGUCGUGGUCGCGUUCAGGGGAACAGAGCCUUUCUGCGUUGACGAUUGGCUUACAGAUGCGGACCUUUCCUGGUACAAGAUCGAAGGGGUGGGCAAAGUCCACGGCGGGUUCAUGCGGGCUUUGGGUGUACGGAAGAACAACAUCCGGCCCAACGAGAUAGAAAGAGACCCAGACAUGACCCAGCUCGCUUACUACGAAAUCACGGAGAAGUUGAGAGAAAUUUUUGCCGUCAACAAGGAUGCGAAAUUUUUAGUGACGGGCCACAGCUUAGGAGGGGCAUUGGCGAUUUUAUUCGCGGCGAUUCUGACCAUGGAGGAAGAGGAUGGGCUUUUGGGCCGGCUGGAAGGGGUUUACACUUUCGGGCAGCCCAGAGUGGGGGAUGCGGAGUUCGGCGAUUUCAUGAGGGAGAAGCUACUGAAGAAAUAUGGAGUGCGUUAUUUUAGGUAUGUUUAUGCUAAUGACAUUGUGCCUAGGGUGCCCUACGAUGAUAAGGCUAACUUCUUCAGGCACUUUGGUCCUUGCCUUUACUACAACAGCUUCUACCACGGCAAGGUUCUUGAGGAGGAACCCAACAUGA